CCUCAUUCAGCUGUCAUUAAGCUAUUUCCAACCACACAAUGCCACCGAAGACCAAUUCAAAGGCAGCAGCAGGCCGAGCCCGGAAGGAGGAUCAGGCAAACAGUAAAAAGGCAGCAGAGAAUGCAAAGGCAGAAGCAGCAGAAGCAGCAAAGUGGGAUCAGGGAGCAAAGGGCAAGUCAAAGGCAGAUGACAAGGCCGAAAAGGCGGCCGCUGCCGCUGCGAAGAAGGCCGAGCUGGAGCGUCUAAAGCGCGAAGAGGAAGAGUCGCUUCCCGACGCCAAGAGUAAAGCUCCCAAGGCUGGAGGUGGUAAGAAGGCCGGAAAGAAGGAUCUGGGAGGGCCUGCUACUCCUAGCGGAAUCGACGAUGCAUUGACAAGCUUCAGCGCGAGCAAUUUGGACGAUGCUAUUUCGGCUAUGAGCCUUGUGACGGAGAGUACUUCGAAGGACAAGGUGGGGGCAAAGGCGGGACAGAUCGAUCAGCAUCCCGAGAGGAGAUUCAAGGCCGCUUUCGAAGCCUACAAGGAGUCAGAAAUGCCCCGGAUCAGACAAGAGCGUCCCGGUCUCCGCAAGCAACAAUACGAGAACGAGCUCUUCGACGAGUUCAAAAAGUCGCCCCUCAACCCCUUUAACCAGCUUACAGUGGACUAUAAUGCCACUCAGGCUGAAAAGGUAGAGGCGCUCAACAAGAGUAGACAGGCAGAGGCGAAGAGACUGGCGGAUCGGGCGUGAGCGCGGGGUGGUGAGGUGAUAAUGUUGGCGCGGAGGAGUUGGGAGGAGGGUGCAAGACAGGCAGCACAAAAGUUGCUGUAUCUCCCGAGGGGGAAAAGGCAUUGUUGCCUGUGUCCAAAUUUGCUGGCGCCUGCAACGAGCCUGCACACGCAUCGAAAUUGAUAAAAGCUCGAAAGUAUAUUGCGAUGCUGAAAGCAAUGACAUGUGGUCACCCACGGCUAUAUUCUCUUACGAUUCCCAUCUAGGCAAUCUCCCAGCCCAGCCUCUUGCCCCACCCCUUGUUGGCAAUGG